AUGUCAUUACCCGUGAAAGUUCCGAGUUUUUUCAAAGUGACCCGAAAAAACCCGGAGCUUCUCCGGCCAGCAAAGCCCACACCCCACGAAUUCAAAUCUCUUUCCGACAUAGACGAUCAAAUGGGCCUCCGUUUCCAUACGCCAUUCAUGCAAAUAUAUGGCAAAAGCCCAUCAAUGGAAGGAAAAGACCCGGUUAGGAUUAUUCGGGCAGCUGUCUCAAGGGCGUUGGUUUACUAUUAUCCAUUGGCCGGGCGGGUGAGAGAGUUCACCGGCAGGAAACUUGUGGUGGAGUGCACUGGCGAGGGAGUUUUGUUCAUCGAGGCUGAUGCUGACGUGUCGCUUGCGGAAUUUGGAGUCAGCCCUCAGCCGCCGUUCCCUUGCUUUGAAGAGCUGCUUUACGAUGUCCCAGGCUCUGGCGGCAUCACCAAUUCUCCUUUGCUAAUAAUUCAGGCUUGUACUCGUAACUCGCCUCUGUUUUUUGGUUUUGAGGAUAAAUGUAAAUUAAAAUACAUCAUAAUUGCUUAG